AUGUCUUUCUUUGCAAACUUGGCUGCUCAAGUCGAAAAUGAAACAAAAGAUGACGAUUUUAUUGAACAACAACUUGCUGCUGAAGAACAUCGUUAUGAUUCUUUUGCUGCAGUAAGACAUAAUGCUCAAGUAAAGUAUUUUGUGGAUGGUCAAAACUAUUGCUGGGCUGUUUCUGAAGCUAUUGCACACGCUCAAGAGUGUAUUUACAUUGAAGAUUGGUGGCUGUAUAUGCGUCGACCUCCUUCCAAGUAUCCUGAAUUUCGUCUUGAUCGUUUACUCAAGAGAAAAGCAGAUGAAGGUGAAGUUGAAUUAGCUUUGACUUUAGACAGUCGUCACACCAAAGAUACACUUCAAUCCUUGAGUGAGAACAUCAUUGUAUUAAGACAUCCUGACCAUAAUUUGGGUGGUACUUUCUUUUGGUCUCAUCAUGAAAAAUUUGUUGUUGUUGAUAACCGUAUUGCUUUCCUUGGUGGUAUUGAUUUAUGCUUUGGUCGUUGGGAUACUCACGGUCAUGCUUUGGCUGAUUUUAACGGAAAUGAUCCUGAAAGUGAACUAUUUAUCGUUAAGGAUUGGGAUAUGAAACUCAUUGAUAAGACUGUGAUUCCUAGAAUGCCAUGGCACGACAUGUCUUUAUGUGUUAUUGGCGCACCUGUCCUUGAUGUGGCUCGUCACUUUUGUGAGCGCUGGAACUUUGUCAAGCAUGAAAAAGCCAUGCAUAAAGACAAUGUGCCCUUCUUGCAACCUCCUCUUGGUGGCAUGGGUAGUCAAGAGAGAUUCAUGCAAGAACAACCUGAAGAACAUCACUUUACAAGACAACGCCAUAAGCAUAGAACACGUGGCGUCAAGGGCAACAUUCGUGCCCAAGUACUUCGUAGUUCUGCUGAAUGGAGUUCUGGUAUUAAGCUUGAACACUCGAUUCAAAAUGCUUAUAUUGCUACUAUUCUUCGUGCUGAACAUUAUGUUUACAUUGAAAACCAAUUCUUUAUUACUUCCACCGAUAACAAGGAAGAAAACUUGCUCAAGAAUCAAAUUGGUAAUGCUAUUGUAAAGCGUAUUGUUCGUGCCCAUGAAGAGCAAGACAAAUUUAAGGUGUUUGUAUUGAUGCCUUUGAUGCCUGCUUUUCCCGCUGAUCUCAGUACAAAGGAUGCUGCUACUGCAAGAUUAGUGAUGCAUUAUCAAUACCUUUCUAUUUGUCGUGGUCCUGAUAGUAUUGUUGAAAAACUCAAAGCCACUGGUAUUGACCCUGACCAAUACAUUCGUUUCUACAGUUUAAGAAGUUAUGAUCGUAUCAACCGUAGCCAGAUGGAAGAACUCUUGUUGAAGGCCGCUGGCUAUAGCGACUCUACUGAACCUCAACUGGAAGAAGCCGGUGGCGAACCAGGUGACCGUGCCAAGAUUGUUCAUCGUGUAGGUGAUCAAGACAUUGCUCGUAACACAGAAGGUGCUUUCAAUGUCGAAGAUGAAAUUGAAUACAGUCGUGUUCGUGAGAAUAAAGACUUUGAAAACUAUCAACGCCGUCGUUCUGAAGCUGUCGAUGAAGCCGAUCAAGGUAUUGCUUCUGAUUCUAUUGCUAAAGAUGCCAUGUUGGGUGGUGAUAUUGAAGAUGAGCCUUGGGUCAAUGACACAGAAGCUGAGCAGCCUCGUGAUGAAGCUGCUGAAAAGGAAGAAGCCAAUGAUUAUGUCAGUGAAGAACUCUAUAUUCAUGCUAAGCUUCUGAUUGCUGAUGACAAGGUCGUCAUUAUGGGUUCUGCCAACUUAAAUGAUCGUUCUCAAUGUGGUGACCGUGAUUCUGAAAUUGCCCUUAUUGUAGAAGACCAAGAUACAAUUCCUUCCCAAAUGAAUGGCAAAUACUAUGAAGCUGCUCGUUUUGCUGCUAGUUUAAGACGUAGCUUGUGGAAAGAACACUUGGGUUUACUUGCACCUGCUCCUCCAGAUGAAGUCACAGAUAACAUGUUGCCUUUACCUGUUCCUCAAAUUGAUACCUCAUUGAGUGAAGAAGAUAAGGUUGUCAUGGAUCCUCUUGAUGACGAAACACUUGAGCGAUGGAACGCUACUGCUAAAACCAACACGUUAGCUUUCCGAGAAGUAUUCCAUUGUGUUCCUGAUGACACAGUGACUAACUGGGAGGAAUACAAGGAAUUUUACCCUAACCCUGCUCAUAUUGAUAUUGGUCAUGUUCAUGAUCCUGAAAUGUCCGUUGAUACGAUCAGGGAUCAUUUAUCUACCAUUCGUGGUCAUUUAGUUGAAUUCCCUUACCAUUUCUUGGAAAACGUCGAUCUCCAAGGUGAAUCCAUUCCCUUUAUUGGCAAUGAUAUUCAAGAGUUGUAUACAUAA